AUGGCGAAAACCGCUAAGGUCAAGGGAUACGGUGCUUAUUGGAAGGGCGACAUAAAAAACAAGACGAUCAAGCGCAAGAACAAACAGUAUAUCUCCGAUCAGCGCUGCCUACAGGUAUAUAAAAAGGAGCUGCAGAAACUGAACGAGGGCACCGCAGCUGAUGAGGCUACCUGCAGCAACAACGUAAAUACAGAAGCAAAAAGUACUAGUGGGCACCGAUCCAAUGUGCAAACUAUCGCAGAACACGACGUCAAAAUAAUCAAACCCCAAAUCGAAACAGUUUACUACGUGAACGGCGCGCAUCCAAGAGGUGACGCUAAUGCUACCCACUACAGUAAGAGGAGGGAACUAUCUGGCGAAGGGAAGAAUUCAAGACGGAAGACUGAUGGUGCUACUCGUGAUGCAAGUGUCGCUCCAGAGGUGAACUGGAGUCUCGGUGGUCGCAUUUCGGAAAGCAACCAGGAGUCAGACAACGAAAGUGAUGUGAUUGACAGUGAGUCUGACUCUGGAGAACUUGAAAAUGAUGAUCUGCAAACGAGCGCCGCAACGUCUGAUGAUCACGGCGAACAAACUGCGUCCCGUUCGAGCCCUUCCAAAAAGGGUAAAGACAAGGCUAAGGCACGGCUGACUGAUGGCAAAUCCGAUGCUAAAGCGUCGAGUACUGAGGACAAAACGAACAAGAAACAGAAGGGUAAAUUCACCGGUGUUUACGCCAAAGCCCUAAAACUCAGAGAAGAAAAGGCCAAAAUCAGGCAACAGCAACAUAACGAAAGGGUAGAAAAGAUCAAACAGAAGAAACGAGAAAUCAGAGAGAAGAAGCAAGAGAGGUACGCCAGACACAGGCUGUUGGGCCAGAAGACCAAGCGGGGCCAACCCAUCAUGGCAAACGUUAUAUCGCACCUAAUGAAUAACUUCCAGAAAAAACACAACCAAAAAUGA